AUGGAUGCUACUUUAAUCAAAACUGUUAAUAGGCUUCAGGAUGCCUUUGCAACUGUUGGUGUUCAGAACCCUGUUGACUUGCCGCAGAUUGUAGUUAUUGGUUCGCAGUCAAGUGGAAAAAGUUCAGUAUUGGAAAAUAUCGUUGGGAGAGAUUUUUUGCCUCGAGGUACUGGCAUAGUUACAAGACGACCUUUGGUUUUACAACUUAUUAAUCGACCGCGCACUAACAGCACUGAGGGUGGACCUUCACAGACAAAAGGCUCAGAAAACAGCAAGAAAUCAGCUGAAGAAGCAGAUGAAUGGGGAGAGUUUCUGCAUAUUCCCGGAGUCAAAUUCACGGAUUUUAAUAAAAUUAGAGAAGAGAUCGUCAAAGACACUGAAGCAAAGACCGGAAAGAAUGCGGGUAUCUCUCCACAACCAAUAAAUCUACGAAUCUUUUCUCCCAAUGUAUUGACUUUAACGCUGGUUGAUUUGCCUGGUCUCACCAAGGUGCCUGUUGGGGAUCAACCGAAGGAUAUCGAGAAACAAAUUCGUGAUAUGAUUCUUAAAUACAUUACCAAACCCAACGCUAUUAUUCUUGCUGUCACAGCGGCCAAUACGGAUUUGGCGAAUUCAGAUGGAUUAAAAGUGGCGCGAGAAGUUGAUCCAGAAGGAUCACGUACAAUUGGUGUUUUGACCAAGAUUGACCUUAUGGACCAAGGAACAGAUGUCGUAGACAUAUUGGCAGGGCGUGUUAUUCCUUUACGUCUUGGUUAUGUACCUGUGGUUAAUAGAGGCCAGAAGGACAUCGAAAGUAGAAAAGCAAUAUCAAUGGCUUUAGAGGCAGAGCGUGCAUUUUUCGAAAAUCAUCCAGCGUAUAAAAGCAAAGCACAGUAUUGUGGUACACCUUUCUUGGCGAGAAAACUAAAUAUGAUUCUUAUGCACCACAUUCGUAACACACUUCCUGAGAUCAAGGCCAAGAUCCAAGCAGCCCUUGGAAAAUAUCUAACGGAACUCGCUCAACUUGGUGAUCCACUAGACGAGAAUGGCAAGAAUGCCAGCCUUGUUCUCAAUAUAAUUACGGAAUUCUGUAGUGAAUUCCGCACCAUAAUCGACGGAAAUUCGCAAGAACUUUCAUCAUUUGAAUUGUCGGGUGGUGCUCGUAUCAGCUUUGUAUUCCACGAAGUCUUUUCGAACGGCAUCAAAUCGAUAGAUCCAUUUGACCAGGUCAAAGAUGUUGACAUCCGGACUAUUUUGUACAACUCAUCGGGAUCUUCACCUGCAUUGUUUGUUGGAACGACUGCUUUUGAGGUUAUCAUUAAGCAACAAAUCAAACGGUUAGAAGAACCCAGCUUGAAGUGUGUGUCGUUGGUUUACGAAGAGUUAACUCGCAUUUUGAAUCAUUUGUUGACGAAACAGUUGUUCAAGCGAUUCCCUGGUCUAAAGGAUAAAUUCAACCAAGUUGUCAUUUCUUUCUUUAAGAAAGCCAUGAAUCCUACAAACAAGCUUGUACAAGACCUCGUAGCAAUGGAAACGUGUUACAUCAACACAGCUCAUCCAGACUUCUUGAAUGGGCAUCGUGCAAUGGCUAUUAUUAAUGAAAAGAUGUCAACAAAGAAUUCACAGGGCACUGAGAAAGGUCGUGGUAACAUCAAUGCAUUGACGACGAAUCCGUUGUUCGAUACGGACACACAAAAUGCUGGAUUCUUUGGCACUUUCUUCAAUUCAUCGAAAAAGAAGAAGUCUGGAGCUAUGGAAGCGCCCCCAGCAGUGUUAAAGGCAUCUGGCAAUCUAUCUGAACGUGAAACUAUGGAAACGGAAGUUAUAAAACUCCUUAUUCAGUCGUACUUUAAUAUUACAAAGCGAACGAUUAUUGACAUGGUUCCCAAGGCGAUUAUGCUAAACCUUGUUUUUAAUGCCAAGGAAGAACUCCAACGUGAACUCCUUCAAGAACUUUACAAAGCUGAUGUGCUUGAUGAGUUGCUCAAAGAAAGCGAAUACACUCAACAAAGGCGAAAGGAAUGCAAGAAGAUGAUUGAAGCUUUGCAGAAGGCUGAUGAGAUUGUUGCGGCGGUCUAA